AGUAGCAUAAAGACUUGCAUCAAGUGGUGUACUCUUGCUGAUGCUGUUUUUAUAAUAUAAUAUUUUCUCUUAAUUAUUAAUUAUUAACAAUAACAUAGAUUUUUUUGAAACUGGAUAAUUACCACAUUGUGCGGCUUAAACAUGCAACCGCCACCGAGAAAAGGUAAUUAUGCCAAGUUCCUGAAAAAUGUUCACACUGAACAAGCAGCAAAAUUGCAUGCUAAAAAUCAACAUGAAUGUGAUCUUCUCGAGGAUAUCAGAAAUUUUACAUUAAAAAAAUCGGCAAUUGAAAAAUCAUAUUCUGAAGCAUUGCUGAAAAUAUCAUCGGCCUACUUGAACAAAAAAAUACCAAAUAUUCCAGAUUUAAAAAUUGAUGGAGCUGAAGAAAAAUGGAACAUGUGGAAUGUAUGGAGAACAGUACUUGAAGAAAAUGAAAAAUUAGCACGAGCACGUUUAGCUGCUGUCGAAGUAUUUCAACAACAAAUUGCUGAUGAUGCCAAGUAUCUUAGAAUGCAAAAAAUGCAAAUAUCAAAAAAAGCUGUUGAUCAACUUAUGAUUGUACAAAAAGAACUUCAAAUGUCUGUUCAAGAAGUUGACAAAACGAAAAAACUUUAUUUCGAUGAGGAACAUUGUGCUCAUGAUGUCCGUGAUAAAGCCAAAGACAUUGAAGAAAAAUUAAAGAAAAAAAAAGGAUCAUUUUUUCAAUCAAUAACAUCACUUCAAAAAAAUAGUGCAAAGGUUACAUCAAAACGUGAUGCCCUUGAUGAAAAAUCUACAGGUGCACGAAAUGAUUAUCUUUUGAGUCUUGCUGCUGCAAAUGCUCAUCAAAAUCGUUAUUUUGCUGUUGAUUUACAAAGUACAAUGCAAUAUAUUGAACAAGGUGUUUAUGAUAAAGUCCAAGAAUAUUUAACACUUAUGGGACGUACUGAAUUACUAACAUGCAUGGCAACACAAAAUAGUUUUGGAAUUAUUCGUGAUCAAGCACAACAACUCACUCGGGAAUACAAUAUUCAAUGUUGUAAUUUAUAUUAUCCAGUACUCAAACAACAUAUACAAUAUGAAUUUGAACCUUGUGACAAUGAUCAACUUGACAGGGUAACUGCUGAUCAUUCGGCUUCAACAACAUUGGGCAAAGAAGCUCGUCGAUGGGCAGCCAGAAUUGCACGUGAAGUCAGUAAUGCCAGAGAAAAUACACGAAAGCUUCAGGCACUUCAACAACUCAAGGAGUCAGGACAAAAGAGUGACCCAAAUGAUCCCAAUGGUCCUGAUUUGGAAACAAAAAUUGACGAUUUAAAACAAGCAAUUCGACGUGCUGAGACAUCUAAAAUGAAAGCUGAAGCAAAAAUAGAGUGUCUACGAUUAGGAGGAGUAAAUGUCGAAGAAUUUCUUCAAGAAAUUGACACACUCAGUAUUCAUGAUAUGCCACGUUCAGCAAGCUCAUUAUCUGUUAGAACAGAUGCAUCUGGUGCCGCGGAAAAUCCAUCUUCUGAUUCAUUUUAUGACAGUGAUAAUGAUGCAGGCAGUGAUUUAACAACAGUUGAACGACCAGGUAGUAGUGCUAGACAAAUGUCAAUUCAACAACAACAACAACAACAACAAGAUCAAGAUGACGUUCAUUUUGAUGAAAGAGAAAGACAUGAUAACUCUGAUGUUGAUGCUGUUGUCGAGCAAGAACAACAAAAAAUUGAACAAAUGGCUGCUGAUUGGGAUGAUGAUCCAACAUCAAUUGAUUGGGGUGUUAAUGAUGACAAAGAUGAUAUGGCCGAUAUAGAAACAUCAGAUGCCAAUAAUUUAUCUAGUCAAAAUCAACAAAUAUACAAAUGUACUGCACUCUACUCGUAUACAGCACAAAAUCCAGAUGAAUUGUCAAUUGUUGAGAGUGAACAAUUGGAAGUUGUUGGUGAAGGUGAUGGUGAUGGUUGGCUACGUGCUAGAAAUUAUCGUGGUGAAGAAGGUUUUGUUCCUCAAAAUUAUCUUGAUGUUGAACGUGAACCAACUGCAUCUGUUGGUCUAUCAUCACAUGGUCCUGGACUUGUAACACAAAUAUCAUUUUCAUCAGUUGAUUAUACAAUUGAUGAUCAUGAUGCUGUUGAUCCUGAUGCUCAAUUAAUAAUAAAUAAUAAACCAUUGUCAUCUCAGCAACAACAACAACAACAACAACAACAAGACACUUAUGAUGUUGAUAUAAUUAAUGAUGAUAAUAAUAAUAAUAAUAAUAAUGCCAAUACAUCAAAUAUAUUAUCACAAUAUUGUAUUGCAUUGUAUGAUUAUGAUGCAACAUGCGACGAAGAAUUAUCAUUUUUUGAAGGUGAUGUACUUAAAAUAAUAAAAACUGAGCCACAUGAUGUUGAUGAUGGAUGGUGGGAAGGUGAACUUCGAGGACAAAAAGGAAUAUUUCCAUCUCUCGUUGUUGAGCCAUGUGCUCCUGAUGGUGCUCCAUUAACUCCAGAAGAUGAAAAUAUGACACCACCAAGCUCAGCACCACCAGUAUUUGCACCCCCAGAAAUUCCAGAAUUUGUUCUUGCUGAAGAACUUAAUCGAGCAAUGCUUAAUGAACAAGAAUUUGAUGAAAAUAAAACACAAUUGGCUAAUGGUGAACAAAAUGAUGGAUUUGCAAUAAAAUUAACAAGAGGACAAAAGGAUCAUUAUGGUGCUCAAUUUUCAAAUGAAUCAACAACACCGGAAAUAUUUGUCGUUCAAGUAUCAGAUGAAACAGGAAACCAGAUAAUGCUGGAUCAUGAUGAAGAUGGAAUCCAAAAUAAUGAAAUAAAAUUAACAACAGAAGAGGUUGAUGAAUUUGGUCUUGGAGUUGCACAAAUAGUUAUAACUGCAGCAACACCAAUGGAAGAAAUUGAAAAAUCAUUUCCACCAACUGAUGAUACUAAUGAUAAUGACGACGAUAAAAAAAAGUCUGAAUCUAUAUCACAAGAGCAGCAAGAAGCAGCAGAAGAUGCAGCAGCAUCAGCAAGAGUUGUAGCAAAUAAUAUUAUAAAUAAUAAUAAUAAUAACAAUAAUUCAGCACCAUUUCCAUUGAGUAGCAGUUCUGGCAGUGAAGCUGAUUCAACAUCGGGACCAAGUACAGCUGACAAUUCACAGUCAACAUUACCAUCUCAUACAAAUACUGUCAUUGAAAUAAUGCAAACUGAAAUGGAAACUAGUUGUGAUGACGAACAGGCUUGUGAUGAUAUUAUACCAGAAAAAAUGUUGGUUGGUGGUCGGGCAAGUAUUCCUGAUGAAUUACAACCAGAUCAGCUUGAAAAAUUACAAAAUCUCAAAGAAUCAAAUGCCUAGAAAUUAAUGAAUGACUGAAAUUUCUUGAUAUUAUUAUUAUACUAAAUUUUCUGCCUUAAAUAACAACAACAGCAACAACAAAUAAUAAACAAGUGGCUCUUCCAAAAUAAGAUAUCAUUAUAUUGAAAAAAAAAUAAAUUAAUAAAUUAAAUUCAAAACCUUUCGAAUAAAUUUCAGAAGGUUAUAAUUAUACUAUUAUUCGACAAAUGAUAAUAAAGGCUAAAUAAAUUUUUUAAUAAUUGGUAUAGAAAAAAAAGAAAUAAUUAAAAAAAAAAGCUGGUUCUUUAAACAUUAGUUUGUUUUGUUGAGCUUAAGUUAAAAAUUAUAGAAAAAAUCGAUUGAAUUAUAAAUUAAUCAGAUAAAACAGUCAAAUCAGCUCAUCAUCAUCAUCAUCAUCUUCAUCUUCAUCUUCAUCAUCAUUAUAUACAUAUUUUUAUGUUGAUAUUGUUGUGUACACAUGUUUUUUUUUCUAGUUAAAGUUAUGCGUUUAAAAAAAUACACAUAGGUAAAGUUAUAUAUAAUAAUAUACUCAUGAAAUUAUAAUAAAAAGUAGGUAUUUCAAUAAAUACUCUAUUGUAAUGGCUUAAAUAAAAAACUAUAAAUACGUAUGCAUGUUUGUACAAGUAAGUAAAUGAAGAAUAUAAUUAUAGAGAAAAGUAAUAAUGUCAUUGGGAAAUUUGUUUUCUUUUUUUCUCUUUGUACAAUGAUUAAUAAAUAAUUUAAAGAAAAGAAAAAAAUAAUAAUAGUAAUAAUUGUUAAUUGUACAGUUUUUGUGUGCAUGUGUGUGAAUGAAAAAUUAAGUCAACAAUAAAAAAUAAAAAUUGAAUUAUUA